GUCUUUUUAUCUUGCUCCUUGCGCACGCAAACUUUCUGAGAAACCCAUCAAACUCAGGGAUUGCCACCUUCCUUUGGGAUUUCCAGGGGGUCGUGAAAUGGGAAGGAAAUGGUGUGCGGUCACGGUACUGGCCAUAACGUACAUGGUGGCCACCACAGCCGUUGCCGCCAAUGACAAAGGCCUCUCCUUCGCCGGCACCGCUGCACCAGCGCCGGAGGAAGCGAGCUCCCUGCGCAAGCCGGUCAGCUUGGACGGAACCGCUCAUCACCACGUGUGGCCGACCUUGAAUGCCGGAUGGCGAACUGUGCUGGGGUCAUUCAUUGGAUUCUUCGGUGCAGCGCUUGGUAGCAUUGGCGGGGUAGGUGGAGGUGGGAUCUUCGUGCCGAUGCUGACGUUGAUUGUUGGUUUUGAUACCAAGUCCGCAACUGCGAUGUCAAAAUGUAUGAUCACUGGAGCUGCUGUUUCAACCGUGUACUGCAACCUCAAGCUGAAACACCCAACUUUGAACAUGCCAAUGAUAGACUAUGAUCUAGCCCUGCUUAUACAACCCAUGCUUAUGAUGGGGGUCAGCAUUGGGGUUAUUUGCAAUGUGAUAUUCCCCGAUUGGCUUGUCACAGUUCUCUUCAUCAUCCUCUCUCUAGUUACUUCAACUAAAGCUUUUCUAAAGGGUGUUGAAACAUGGAAGAAAGAGACACUAAUGAAAAGGGAGGCAGCGGUGAAAAAAUCAAAGCAAUCAAGUGAUGAAAUCGAGUACACACCGCCUACCGGAUCUGACGCCAUAGCAGAGCCAAGAGCCCCCUCGGAUGAAGCGGUAUCCAUUUGGAAGAACAUUUACUGGAAGGAGUUUGGACUUCUUAUCUUUGUUUGGGUAGCAAUCCUUACACUUCAAGUCGCCAUGAACUACACGGCAACUUGCUCCACGAUGUACUGGGUUUUCAGCUUAUUACAGAUCCCAGUGUCGGCUGGAGUGUCCGUAUAUCAAGCAGUAGGUUUGGUGCAGGGAAAGAGAGUGAUAUCAUCAAGGGCAAAUACAAAGGCUAGCUUAAAAUCCCAUAUAGUAUUAAUAUACUUCUUUGGUGUCAGCGCUGGUGUCCUCGCCGGUCUUCUUGGCCUCGGUGGGGGCGUCAUCAUGGGACCACUUUUCCUGGAGCUUGGUAUUCCUCCGCAGGUCUCAAGUGCUACAGCCACCUUUGCAAUGAUGUUUUCAUCAUCCAUAGCUGUCGUAGAAUACUACCUCCUGAACCGGUUCCCUAUACCAUACGCUCUCGUGUUCACAUGUGUGGCAUUCAUUGCUGCAAUCGUUGGCCAGCGUGUGGCAAGGAAAGUGAUAAAUUGGUUAGGGAGGGCAUCGCUUAUCAUUUUCAUAUUGUCCUUCAUGAUAUUCAUUGGUUUGAUUCCUCUAGGUGGAUUUGGUAUCUUAAACAUCAAUCACAAGAUGGCGCAACAUGAGUACAUGGGAUUUCACAGCAUUUGCAAGUCUGAUACAUAGGAAAUGCAGCUUCACACAUACGACUAGUGUGACGCAUUGUGUAGUUGGGGUGGAUGGAACACUAUGAUGGUUAUUUGUAGAUGUCAAGUUAAAUCAAAGGGAUGGAAUAUCAAAAGUUCAUCCAGUAGUCCUAACAUAGUAUUUUUUUUCAUCACACAAUGUAAUGCAUGAUUAUAUGUCAUGUACGUUUAGAUGGAUAAACACAUGAACACAUUAUUGUUUCCAAUCAGUCAACUAACAUCUUUUCUAGUGGACU